UCUUUUUCUCAAAGAAAACACAUUUUAAUGCAAAAUUCUUUUAUUCGAUAUUUUAUUCUUACUUUAUUCCAAAAAAAAUUGCAAAUGCAUGCACGUGAUUAUCACGUGAGAAUCUCUUUGUUCUUACCUCUUCUCCCUCUUUUGCUUUGUACCACGAGAGAAUCAAUAUCCUCUUCUGUAAUUAAAUUGCCAGUUUCCAGUGUUUUUAUACAAUUCAUCAUCUGAUCUGAGAAGUGUAUCCUUCGAUUUCCUUCAUUUUCUUCAGUCUCCUUUUCCAAUUUUAUCUCUCCUUUCCUUUCAAUUUCCUUUCUUUCUUCAGUCUCUUCUUCAAAUUUUAUCUCUAAUUUCUUUUCAACUUUUGCUGAAUCUAUGCUCUUUAAACUUUUAUGUCAAUCUUAUCUUGGAUUUGUCUUUAAUGGGUCAUUUAGAUAAUAUUACUAUUACAUGCCCAGAUUGGGAAAAGGCAUUAUGCAGCUAUCAUAAUGUUCUAUCCUCAGGUAUUGAAUCAUUGCAAGUAAAAGCCACAAUAAAGUUGGCUCAUUUAUCAAAAUAUGCACCUGAUGAUGUAUUAACUCGAACAGUACCAAUUCUUACUAAGCUUCUUGCUACCAGUAGUAGUAGUAGCAACUCGAAUAAUUCAAUUCAAGAAGCAGCUGCUUAUUGUUUAAGCAUAUUGCUUGUAAAAAAGAUGGGGUUUUUUGCAUCAGCUAUAGGCCAGUCUGGCAUUUUAGAUUCCAUAUUAAGUUGGUUGCCUCGGUCUAAUAAUAGUUUUAGAAGAGUCUUGAUAAAAUGUUUGUGGUGUCUUGUUAAUUUUGAUAGUGCUAAUCGUUUGAUCGUUGGUAGAAAUGGUGGGUUGGAGGUUAUUAUUGAUUUAUUGAAUUCUUGUAGUGAUGGUAAUAGGGUUUACUUGUUGGAGAUUCUGAGUGCAUUGACAUUGUUGAGAGAGGUUAGGAGGGUGGUUAUUAGAUUAGGAGGGCUUAGGUUUCUUGUUGAGGCAGUUAAGGAUGGUAGUCUGGUGUCAAGAGAAAGAGCUUGUCAAGCAGUAGGAUUACUUGGCGUUACACGGCGUGCUAGGUCUAUGCUUGUUGCGAUGGGAGCAAUACCUGCACUUGUUGAGUUACUUCAAAAUGGAGAUUGGAACACAAAACUGGUUGCCGGUAAUUCUUUAGGUGUGAUAUCAGCUCAUGUAGAUUUUAUUAGGCUUGUUGCUGAAGCUGGGGCUAUACCUUUAUAUGCUGAGCUUCUUCAAGGACCUGACCCUAUCGGCAAGGAGAUUGCAGAGGAUGUGUUCUGUAUAUUAGCUGUCGCCCAAGUGAAUGCAGUUACUAUUGCUGAACACUUGGUAAGAAUUUUAAGAGAAGGCGAUGAUGAAUCAAAAGUUGCAGCUUCUGAUAUCUUCUGGGAUCUAUCGGGUUACAAGCACUCAGUUUCAGUUGUUAGAAACUCAGGUGCAAUUCCAGUUUUAGUUGAGUUACUGAGGCAUGAGAAUAGUGACGUUAGGGAAAAGGUAUCAGGUGCUAUAGCUCAGUUGAGUUACAAUGAAGCAGAUCGAGCAGCACUUGCUGCUGCCAGAGCAGUUCCAAUUCUCAUUGAGUUAUUGCUUGAUGAGUCAGAGGAGCUAAAGGAGAAUGCUGCUGAGGCACUUGUGAACUUCGCCGAAGAUCCUCAGCAGCAUGCUCUGAUAUCUGAAGCAGUUGAUGUUCCUUCAUUCCAGAGUAUGCAAAACAGAAUGGUACAGCUUCGUGUUUCUGACGAGCAAAUGGUUAGAUCAUUGAGAAGGUUGAGCGUUGAGCAACUUACAUGGGACCCAGACCUCGCUUAAGCUUGUUUUGUGGUAUUUCUUUAAUUUUUCGUCCUUGUGAAAUGUGUACAUUGGAGUUACAUUAAGUGGCUUUUUUUAAGAUUUGCUGAUUGUGUUGUUUGAUCCUCUUUCAUUUGUCAUUAGGCUUGCAGAACUUUAUAGACAAUCUCGCAUACUGGCAGUAAAUGAUCUGUUUUUUUUCUUUUGCA